CAACGUUUAAGUGAACUUCCUUCCAUUUCCUUUUAAUUUACUACCAAAAAAACAACAGAUUUUCAGAAAAAAUCCCCUACCGAUAAUCCCUUCACCGAUUCAACCCCACCUCCCCUUCCCCCAAGAGUGAGAAUCUCUCCGUUUUGGAAUCCGAUGGAGGUAUCAACGGAAACGGCAACGGCAACGGCAACGGUGAUUGACGAGUUAUAUGAGUUCUCGGCGCCGUGUUUCUUCGAUUUCACGAAAGGGGAAUCGGAAGAAGAAAUACGUGAUGCCGAGCUUUGGUUCGAAACCGCCUUAACCUAUGCACCUUCUCCUUUUAUGAUUAGAAUCAAGGCUGGUAAUAGAACCUUUCGAAUCGAGAGUCUCUGCAAUUUCAGUGAAGAAGAUCAAAUGCAGAAGGCAUCGGGAUCAUCGGAUGCAACAGCUCCUAACAGUAACUUAGAAGAUAAGCCUCAAGCGGAGCAGGUGCCUGAUAAAGUAAAGGAAGAAGCUAAACCCCCUGAGGCCAAGGUUGAAAUCAAACAAAUUGUCACCAAGAUUGCUAAUGAUAAUAAAGAGAAGGAAAACAUAGGGAUCGUAGGUGCUCAAGAAAAUGAAAGUGCCCUAGCCAAUAAAUCACAUUUAAAUGGUCUUGGUGGUGAAGAGAAAAGCAAAUCCACUGUGCAAGUAGAUACUGAAGCUUGCACUCCUAAACCAUUGAUGAAUUCUCAGAAAAAACUGGUGAGCGACAAGAAGCAUCAGACAGCUAAAAAGAUAGCUAGUACAAUACGGAAUUCGUCAAUGUUGAAGCCGAAAAAUGGCAAUGCUGGAACACCUAAUUUGGCUCAAGAAAACCAAGCCGUUAAACGUCAGAAACUAGAUGGAGGAAGAUCUAGACAGAUCCUAAAUGUAAAGCCCCACAACUUGCCCCACAAGUCAAAGCUUGGCCUUACCAGUGGUAGUUCCAACUUGUGCUCUUCUACUGCCCAACCUUCCAACAAAUUGGACAGAAAGGUUUAUGUUCGAGAACAAGCAGCACCAUUUGUUUCAAUGGCAGAAAUGAUGAAAAAGUUCCAAUCAUGUACCAGAGAUUUGUCACGUCCUCACAGUUCAUCAAAUGAUAAUGCUGCUACUGUUCAGAUGCCAUUGCUCAGAUUGACAAGGCCUAAAGAACCCGAAUUCGAAACAGCACAGAGAAUGCGUCCGGUUGCGGUGAAGAGCACCGCAGAGCUUGAGGAAGAAAUGAUGGCUAAAAUUCCGAAGUUCAAAGCAAGACCAUUGAACAAAAAGAUUUUUGAAGCUUCAACACUACCUUCAUUACCAAGAAGUACUCCGAAGACACCAGAGUUUCAGGAAUUUCACUUUGAGACAAUGGCUAGAGCAAGUAAGAAUGCAGAGACAUCUUCAGUAGCUUCAACAGAAGUGUCUCGCCAGAAUACUCAAUGGAAACCUCAUCUCACAGAACCUAAAACCCCGGUGCUUCAAACAUCUCUAAGGGCAAGACCUAUAACGGUCAAAAGUUCUAUUGAACUUGAGCAGGAGGAACUUGAAAAAGCUCCUAAAUUUAAGGCAAGGCCAUUGAAUAAAAAGAUAUUUGAGAGCAAAGGAGAAUUGGGAAUCUUCUGUAACACAAAAAAACAGGUGACUAUACCUCAAGAAUUCCAUUUUGCAACACAUGAGAGAAUUCCACCACCACCAGCAGUUUUUGAUUUAUUUGAUAAGCUGUCUCUGAAAUCAGAAUCUAGCCAUGAUCCAAUUCCAAGAAACACCAUUCCCAAUCCAUUCCAUCUCCAAACAGAGGAAAGAGGUGCUGAAAAAGAAAAGAAGUUCGUGAUGGAAAUUAUAGAGAAGCAGUUUGAAGAAGAAAGAGCCAGGGUUCCCAAGGCUAAUCCAUAUCCAUACACCACUGACUACCCUGUGAUACCUUCAAAACCCGAACCAAAACAAUGUACAAAACCAGAACCGUUCCAGUUGGAGAGUCUGGUUAGGCACGAGGAGGAGAUGAAAAGAGAGAUGGAAGAAAGGCAGAGAAAGGAGAAAGAAGAAGCUCAGAUGAGGAUCUUUAAGGCUCAGCCGGUUCUAAAAGAGGAUCCAAUUCCUGUUCCUGAAAAGGUUCGCAGGCCUCUAACACAAGUGCAAGCAUUCGACCUCCAUGUCAAUCAUCGAGCAGUGGAUAGAGCGGAAUUCGAUCAAAAAAUUAAAGAGAAAGAAAUGGUUUACAAGAGAUUCAGAGAGGAAAGUGAGGCUGCUAGAAUGAUUGAGGAAGAGAAAGCAUUGAAGCAACUAAGAAGGACAAUGGUUCCCCAUGCUAGGCCUCUUCCCAAGUUUGAUCAUCCUUUCUGCCCACAAAAGUCUUCCAAGGAAACAACAAAACCGAAACCGCCACAUCUACGAGUUCUCCAAAGAAUAGAAAGGAAGAAAAGGAUCAGUUCAUUUGCCACACCAACUUCGAGUCCUGCCACUCUUAUGAGGUGAUUUUGGUUUAGGGAAACCAAGUCAUCUGGCAGGCGGCGUCACGGUGGAGGGGAUUGUUCAAGAACUUUUGAACCCCUUGUGAAAUCAAUUCAAGAACUUUGAACCCCUUGUGAAAUCAACUCAUGAUCCAUUAACUAUGACAGUUUGCAGUUUGCAGAUUCAUUUGUGUAACUAUGUACACUUUUUGAACUCAUAUGUACUUGAAAUUUCAGUAGUGAAGAACAAUGAAAGACUCCAAAACAUUCUUUUGUUACCAUUUUAAGUCAUGCAAACAUGACACGUUUUAAUAGACAUGGAAUGUUAUACGUA